UGGCCAUCUUAGAGCUCUCUCUCUCUCCCUCUCUCUCUCUCGUGUGUACGGCCUACUCAGGCGUUUCUCUCCUCAUAUCGCCAGUGUAAAGUGCACCGUGCUGGAUUAAUCUUGUCAUCUUCAGCUGAGCGAGUCAGAAAGCUGUGACACAGAAGAGGCUCUUGUAAGAAAGAAGUUCCCACUGAUGCCAUCCAGACUAUUGGAGAGGAUAAAAAUGAUGUGCUGCUAGCUACACACAGAGCAAGAUGGACAGACAAUAACAAAUUAUCACACUAGGGGUGCAAGUGUUCGUUAUGACAAGUGGCUGUGUGGAAGAUGUCCACCAUUUCUACGACUGAUAUCACUGAUGUUGGUCAUGGGGACUCAGUGUGCUGUGUCAGUGAAGAGGGUUCUUCAGCAGGGAUGGCAGAAGUGAAACAGGAGACUCAGUCCUCUGUCAGUCAAACAGCCCCAUACAGCACUUCACACAAUGAGCUGAAUGACACGCUGCUCAUGGAGCCCAACAACAUUAAGAUGUACCCCUCUGAGGACACGCCUGCAUCAGAGGGUCAGCCUGUGAAGCGGAAGAAGGGCCCUGCUCCCAAGAUGCUGGGGAAUGAGGUGUGCAGUGUAUGUGGUGACAAGGCAUCUGGCUUUCAUUACAAUGUGCUGAGCUGUGAGGGCUGUAAAGGUUUCUUCAGACGCAGUGUGAUCAAAGGAGCUCAGUACUCCUGCAAGAACUCUGGCCGCUGCGAGAUGGAUAUGUACAUGCGCCGCAAGUGUCAGCAGUGUCGGCUGCGGAAAUGCAGGGAGGCAGGCAUGCUAGAGCAGUGUGUGCUGUCAGAAGUGCAGAUCCGACUGAAGAAGAUGAAAAAGCAGGAAGAAGAGACAGCACGCACCUCAGCAGUGGCAACUCCAAGCCCCACCCCGGAGAUGCCCCUUCUUGCUCCUGAACAACAGGAGAUGAUAGAAAAACUGGUGGCCAUGCAGAAACAGUGCAACAAACGCUCUUUUCUUGACCGACCCAAAGUCACACCAUGGCCACAGAGUCAGGAUCCACUUAACCGAGAGGUUCGACAGCAACGGUUUGCUCAUUUCACUGAGCUUGCCAUUAUGUCUGUACAAGAGAUUGUAGACUUUGCAAAACAGCUGCCUGGCUUCCUGGAGCUCACUCGAGAGGACCAAAUCGCCCUGCUGAAGACCUCAACUAUAGAGAUAAUGCUGCUAGAGACUUCCAGACGUUACAAUCCAGCAAUAGACAGCAUAACCUUCCUCAAAGACUUCAGUUACAAUAAGGAGGAUUUUGCCAAAGCAGGGCUGCAGUUUGAGUUCAUUAACCCUAUCUUCGAGUUCUCUAAGGGCAUGAAUGACCUUCACCUAGAUGAGGCAGAGUACGCUUUGCUCAUCGCCAUCAACAUUUUCUCAGCAGACCGACCCAAUGUGCAGGAUCACGAUUUGGUAGAAAGAUUACAGCAGCCAUAUGUGGAUGCCCUUCACUCUUACAUCAGAAUAAAACGACCCAACGAUCAUCUGAUGUUUCCUCGAAUGCUGAUGAAGCUGGUCAGCCUACGCACACUGAGCAGUGUCCACUCAGAGCAGGUCUUUGCACUGCGCCUCCAAGACAAGAAACUCCCACCACUUCUCUCUGAGAUUUGGGAUGUCCAUGAGUGAACUGACACUCUGCCCCAGGACAGAAUGAGCCAGUGUCUAGAAAGCAUGGCCGUGUGGGGGGAGGCCUCUUAAGACAGAGCAAGUGGGGUGGGAGUUGACCUCAUGAAGACCCUGUGGGCCGAACUGUCUCACACUGUGGCAUGGAGCCAGUCAUAAGGAGCCUGAUUUGAUCAUUCUCUUCCUUGAUUUCUCUAUUUUGAACCCAGUGGUCAGUGGGCUGCUUCCUUUUGAAUGUUCAAGUAUGGCCAGAAAUGACUCAGGGACAGCUUACAACCAGUAAUGGUUAUUUGACCAUCAUUUGAACAUAGGGAUCUGGAUGGGUGUGGAUUCAGACACUUGCUUGCUAGUGUGAGUGACCAUAAACAAUGUGGUAGUAAUUUUUUUGUUGAUCCUUAAUGUUUCCAGUACCAAAAGCUUUCAGCGGGUUUUUGCAAUGGUUUCUACUCUCUAAUUAACAAAAGUGGUGAUCUUGAAGGCUCUCCAUUACAGAACUGUUUAGUUUAUUUGCAGUGUUUUGCAAUGCCACUCUGGCUGAUUGGUUAGAAAUGGCUAACUGAUUCUUAAAUUAUGAAUAUAUGCAUAAAUCAUGAACAUGGUUGAAUCACACAGUCUCCUAUUAACACCUCAAACUUUUAUUGUUGGGUUGUUUAGAUAAAAUCAGUCAGUACUUUGCCAGUGCCAGCCAUGGUAAUUUAAAGACCAUGUAACACUGACUCAGUAUUUCCAAACAAACAUGUAGAAUUCUGUUUCUGCUGGUUUUUUUAGAAUAUCCAGAAAAAUAACUGACAAGCCAAACCGGCUGAUUGUUUAAGGCUGAGCAUUUUUACAGAUGCAAUCCUAAGCUGAUUCUGCACACCAACCCAUGUUCUAGACGUGUUAGUCCGUUGGCAGGGAUCAGUAAGAGGAACUGAAUCAUUAACCCAGAUCAAUUGCUGCUCAGUUCACAGUGACUAAUAAGAGACUGACAUAUAAAUGUAAGUGCAAGACAUUUUGAACUUAAUGCAGGCCAUCAUUUAUUCUCUUCAAUGACAUUAUAAUGUCCAAUUACUGGACCCCAACAUACUUUUUUUGUUUGUUGUUGUUGCAGGUUAAUUCUGCACACAUUACAGACUUCAACUGGGUGGAUGACUAAUAUUGUUUGAAAAUGUGCUCGUAAUUAUCUCAGAUUGAUGUCUUGUGUAUAUGCACACAUACCGAUCAGCCACAACAUUAAAACCACCUGCCUAAUAUUGUGUAGGUCCCCCUUGUGUCGCCAAAAGAGCACCAACCCACAUCUCAGAAUAGCAUUCUGAAAUGCUAUUCUCCUCACCACAAUUGUACAGAGCAGUUAUCUGAGUUACCAUAGACUUUGCCAGUUCGAACCAGUCUGGCGAUUCUGGUUUUUUUCGUCCACAGAACUGCUACUCACUGGAUGUUUUUUUGCUUUUGGCACCAUUCUUAGUAAAUUCUAGAGACUGUUGUGUGUGAAAAUACCAGGAGACCAGCAGUUACACAAAAACUCAAACCAGCCCGUCUGGCACCAACAAUAAUGCCACGGUCCAAAUCACUGAGAUAAACAUUUCUCCCCAUUCUGAUGGUUGAUGUGAACAUUAAUUGAAGCUCCUGACCUGUAUCUGGGUGAAUUUAUGCACUGCUGCCACAUGAUUGGCUGAUUAGAAUAUCUCAUGGAUGAUUGCUGGUGCCAGAUGGGUUGGUUUGAGUAUUUCUGUAACUCCUGAUCUACUGUGAUUUUAUUUAUUUUUUUAUACACACAAAAGUCUCUAAAAUGCUAUUCUGAGAUGCAUGUUGGCACUGUUUUGGUGACAGGAGGGGGACCUACACAAUAUUAGGCUAUUAUAUUAUAUAUAAUAUUAUAUAUUAAAUAUAAAUAUACAUAUGUAUAUGUGUAUAUUUUAUACAGUAUAUGUCUUAACAGUAUUUUCUGCCCCAGAAGUGGUUAAAUGGUAAAUCACGUACCAUUUAACCAUUGCGUUUAAUUACCUAAUUUUUUACUUAAAUUUGUUAUAAUAUAUAUAACUAAAGAUAUCAAUUGUUUAUAUAUAUAUAUAUAUAUAUAUAUAUAUAUAUAUAUAUAAAAUGCACAGUAUAUUAGACAUACACACAUACAGACCCAUGCCUGAAUCAAGAUCAUUUAAACUUUUUAGUUUAAUAAUCAUUUUAAUGUGAUGUCAGUUAUCUACAAUUUGUCUCUUUUAGCCCAUUUUUGUUUCAAUUCACCAUAUGACAAAAUAUUCAGAGAGUCUGAAUGCUCUCAGAAUAAAACUUCCAUCCUGUUCCCUUCACGUCAAGAUAGAUUGACAGUAAAACAACCGUAAAUUAGCUAUUUCAGUAUUAAACUUAAAGUAUCACAGAAGAAGCUCUGAAAUAAGGAACUGGGUAAAUGAGAGCACUUAGUGACGUUUAGGGCUAGAGUCUCACCUGACACCGUAUCAAUGCAAUUACCUGACAAGGGUGACCAUGUGCAGUUCAGAUUUCACUGGUCUUGAAAACCACUUUUGUGAUGUACUGGGGUUGUUGUGACUCCAUACAUUAUGGAAACUGUAUGAUAAUUUCUAAGAAUGAAUAUUAGUAUAUAAACUAAUACAGUUAGUUUGCUUUGGCAUUAUCUGCCCUGACUGUGCAUAUUAUUGAGACUUGGUUGGAGACCAGGGGGAGUUAUCUCAGAAGCAGCAGUUAUACAUGGCCAUGUCAUAGUUACACAGCUUUUAAUGACCCAAGGCAUGUACCUGUAUUUUCUUCUAAAAACCCUCUUGUUUCUGUCAGGCUAUGUGCACAUAUAAUUAUUAUAAUUUUUUUUUUUUUUGCUCUUUUAGAUUUCAGAUAUGCUCUUUAAGACUAUCCAGUUCCUUAUCUUCUUAUACCAUAUCUGUAAUUUCUAACCAUCCAUACAUCCACAGGGGCUUCAAUUUACAAGGGUAUUAAUGGCCCUUAACCAAACUAACACCAUAAGAUUAAUUUAAAAACAUACACUGUAAAGUUAAACCUCACUCAGAUCUGACUUAAUCUGUCAAUUCUUUGCAAACAUUUCUGUUAGUGCACCUAGGAAAUGUGAUGAUGACAUCGCAAAAGAAUAGUCAUCAAAGUAACAAGCAUUUCCUCUCUCUUUCCUCUAGCUUUUUCAAACUAAAAUAAAAAUGUUGUCCUCUAACA